UCUGAAAGAAAAAAUUGGGGGUAUUAUGAUGGAGCUUUGAAUAAAUAGCUCAUUUAUUUUUGAUUACAUAUUAUGUAGUUUACGCAGCUGGCAAUGAUGUUGAGCUAUACGCUGUGUGAAAGAGAUAACCAUAUUAUACAAUGUUUGGCAUUUAUCGUUGUAUGUAGUUGUGCUUCGACAAACGGAGUAUUUUACAACUACCAAUUUUUAUAAUAAAACACAUAUUUCGAUUAAAUAAAUAUAUUUUCAAUCGAAUCAAAAUGUGUUAAAAAAUCUUAGUUAAAUAUCUGCAUAAGUUUGUUAAUUUCCACGAAGUGUGAUUAUAAAACAAAUUUGGGUGAGCAAAGUGAAAAUUUUCACCUAAGAUAUUGACACCGAGUUGCCACUUCAAAAGCAAAAAAAAAAAGUAAGAAAAACAUAUAUUUUGAAGCCCUAAGGUUAGUUUGGUUAAGACGUGAUGACAAAUUACUGUAUUCAGUUUUGUUUUUAAGGAUAUAAGCACAUUUUGUUUGUUAUGUGCUAUUUAUUUAAAUUCGCAUUAAAAUUACUGUAUGAAAUAAAAAUUAGGACAGCCAAAAUACACUAAAGUCAAUCCAUAAUUUAUAUAUACAUAUAAUAAAAAAAACAUUAAAUAAUAAAAUAUAUAUUAUGAUCAUACAAGAGCCAGUGCAGUCUGCCAUAUGGCAUUGUCUAAAUCACUAUGACCACAAGGACGCUGUAUUUCUUGCGGAACGAUUAUGCUCUGAAGUUGAAAGUGACGAAACCAUAUUUAUAUUAGCUACUAGUUAUUAUCGUUCAAACUUCAUACAUCAAGCGUACUGGUUACUUAAGGAAAAAUCUAGACGCUCUCCUCAAUGUAGAUAUUUGCAGGCGAAAUGUGCUUACCAACUGAAAAAGUAUGCGGAAGCCGAAUGUGCACUAACAAAUUGUGGUUUUGGGGAUUCGAGAAAUUUUGAUGAAAUGGCCAAAGAUUAUGGUGAAGUUGCAUGUUUCGUAUUUCAACUGAUAGCGCAGAUUUGUAUAAAAACAGAGAGAAAUAAAAUUGCGAUAGAAGCGCUAAAAAGAGCAUUGAAGCUGAAUCCAUUUAUGUGGCAAGCUUUUGCGGAUUUAUGUAGUUUAGGAGAUAAUGUAGACGCCAAUACCGUAUUUCAAAUAUCAAGUACAGACAUAUUUAGUACUUGUCAGGGCAAUUCAAAUACAAAUUCCAUGAUUUUGUUCGGCAACUCUAACAAUUUCAAUGACGCCAAUAUAGUUUUAAAUAAUCAAACUAACAUCAACAUAAAUAUAACUAAUUCAAAUAAUUACAAUAUCGGUACAGUAUCUGUUGAAGGUUUAUCAAAUAACGGAAUGAACAACACUUCCGCAUAUAUACUCUCCACGCCUAAUGAACAACAAUCUCAAAUACAGAACAAUAGUAUAUUAGCGUUACAAAAUCUAACAACACCAAAUAACAAUCUCAACAGUUCGAUAACCAUGUUGCGCGGCAACACCAAUGGACAGCAGAAUCAAAAUAAUAGUAUGGUUAUGUUAGAAGAUACACCUUCGGGCUAUGGAAAUGAUCACAACAUCGGUGUAAAUACAGUGGAAAGUGGAUUCGGUACGCCGUUUAGAAAACAAUUUAAAUAUCUAUCAACAUUUUCACCAACAACGCCUAGCUUUGGUGUACUACCCCUUAAUAGUCCUUGUACGGGGUUGGAAUCACCUUUUAUUGGUAAUAUAGGUGCUGGACACAUUCAAACCAAUUUAAAUAUAACCAAUUCACCCUCGCCUCAAACAUUAGCAGAAGUUAAUCAGGAGCAAAAAUUGUUGGGUAAAAAACUUAAAGUACACGUUGGUGGCUUAAUAAACCGAAAAGAUACUUCGAAUUCCGGUUCAAAUAAGCCUGCCGUAUUUACACAGACUGGAAACAUAACACCACGUACACCUAAUAAUGUCGGAAAUAUGAAUACAGGUGCUGCCAUUUCUAAUGCUGCUGUACGUAGGAGUUCACGCCUCUUUGGCAGUAGCGCGUAUUCAGUGAAAGAGAACAAUAAAUCACCCAAUAUAAACAAUAAUAAAUUUUUGCAGCCACGUUCCCCACCACGUAAAACAAAAACACGUAUGACGAAAAUAACACUCAACAACGAAUUGAUUGAGGAAAAAUCGAUAAAUAUGAAUUCGGAUAAAAUAAAUGAAAAAAGCUGUAGGAAAGAUAAAGAGAAAGUGGAAACAAUAACAUCAGCAACAGGACAUAUUCGCACAGCCGAAGAUACCAAAGUUUUACUUAAUAACAGUCUUAAUAAUGCUCAAACUAUGACGCACCAUGUGCUCGCCUUAAAAAAACAAUCUGCCGAUGGUUUAAUGACGUUAAUGCGUGACUUGGGCGACGGUUACAAACAUUUAGCACUUUUUCAAUGUAAAACAGCAAUAAAACAUUUGGAGGCUACGAUACCAAAACAUCAUCUGUGUUCCAGUUGGGUGCAGUCACUGAUUGGACUAUCUCAUUAUGAGCUGAGGGAAUAUGAGUUGGCGGUACUAAUAUUUAAACGAAUUCAUGAAACAGAACCACAUCGAUUGGACUAUAUGGAGAUUUAUUCAUCGUCUCUGUGGCACUUGCAAAAGGAAGUGGAUUUAUCAGCUUUAGCACAAGAUUUACUUAAUCAAGACAAAUUAUCACCAGUAACAUGGUGUGUUGCAGGCAAUUGCUUCUCUCUGCACAAGGAGCACGAAACAGCAAUAAAAUUUUUUAAACGUGCAGUGCAAGUUGAUUCUGAAUUCGUUUACAGUUACACACUUUUGGGGCAUGAACUUGUGCUAACUGAAGAACUAGAUAAAGCAUUAGACUACUUCCGUGCAGCGGUAGUACGUGAUCCGCGGCAUUACAAUGCAUGGUUUGGAAUUGGUACCAUAUAUUCAAAACAGGAAAAAUACGAAUUAGCAGAAUUACAUUACAUUAAAGCCUUAAAAAUCAAUCCGCAGAACUCUGUGAUCCUAGUGCACAUAGGUGCAAUGCAAUAUUUUAUGCAAAAAAAAGAAUUAGCACUUCAAACCUUAAAUACAGCUGCUGCAUUGGAUCCUAAGAAUCCACUUGCACGUUUUCAUCGUGGUUCAAUCUACUUUUCUUUGGGUAAACAUCAAGAGGCGUUACGUGAACUUGAAGAGCUUAAAGAGAUUGUGCCAAAGGAGUCUGUGGUCUUUUACUUAAUCGGCAAAAUACAUAAAACAUUAGGUAAUGUCGAUUCAGCAUUAAUGCAUUUCAGCUGGGCCACAGAUCUAGAUCCAAAAGGAGCAAACAACAUAAAAGAUGCCUUCGACUCAAUGUCACAUCCAAGUUGUUGUCCCAAUCUGAACGAAACAAGUCUUGAGGCUGAUCUUGAACCUAUAUCAGAACGCUCCGAUGAUUCAACGCAGGCGCAACAAGAUAUUAACUAUGAUAGUGAUGCUUACUAGAUUCUAAGAAUCAUUUUGACUGAGUUGUGGUGUGGAAAGAAUAUAAUAUAUAUAUAUAUAUAAUUAUAAUAAAAAACAACUGCAGAUAACAAUUAUAAAGCUUAACAUUCUUUGCGUGUAAUAUUUUUGUUCAGUUAAUGAUAAUAAUAC